GUUUACGAAACUGGAGGCUUAAAGUUUUUGUUUUGUUUAACGACACCACUAGAGCAUGUUGAUAUAUGAAUCAUCGGCUGUUGGAUGUCAAAUCAUCACUGACAUAUACAACAACGUGUAGGCCUAUUCCCGUUAUCAUAAUUUUAUCUCGCACUCGAGAACAUACUAGUAUUUCUUCAUUGAAACACCCGCGGCAACUGUAUGGUGUCGAACACAUAACGCUUAAUCUCAGUGUUAAAGAGAGAAGAAAACUGCUGCCGUUACAUAGGCUAGCAGUAAGAAUUAUUUUCCAACCAUUUUCGCAAUACAGGACAGCACAUACCACAGCCUUUAAUAUUCCAACUGUUGAGGACUUGCUUCAAAGGGAAAUAAUCCAUGUUGGUCCACCGAGUGGAAAUGACUCUAUGACUACCGGCCUCGAUGCUAUCGUGGUUAAGCCAUCGGACUACAGGCUGAAUAAUCCCGUUUCGUUGAUAACACGUCAAACAUGAAGCUCAACACAGAUGAAGCGAGGAGUUCGUACGAGAAGCUGGACGAGGUUGAGGAGGAGGAGGUGGAGGUUGAGCCCAUGUCUAAGAUCCGCGUCAUCCUCAUGAACAUGACUCAGUUCGGCGUCAACUUCAUGGUCCUCCUACUCUGCGUGGAAGUAAUUCCCGCCCAGGUUGAAGCUUUGGUAGGCAGUGCCGCGAAAGGAACAUGCUUUGGUGGGAUGGUGGCCGGUGGAGCAGUGGUGACGUUUUUCACCAGUCCAGUGUUCGGAAUGAUCAGCGACAGACUGCGACUGAAGAUGGGACGACGACGACCCGUUAUGAUCGUAGGGACUAUAUUUCUGUGUAUUGGUUUGACUGGGAUGGCGCUUAGUUGUGGCCAAGUCAUUGUGUAAGUAUCAAUAGUUUAAGAA